AUGCCCUCCACGAACCAGGAAGGUCCGAGUCCUUCCGCAUCCUCCAUCUUCCUUCCACUCGGUCGACGACCGCGCCGGGAUUCGAAGUCUUCUUUGGCGCAGGAACUAGAUCAAGACGCCCUCAGCGAAGCGCUGGAUACCAUUCAUAAUGCAGCAUCGCAGUCUAACAACUUGACUGUCUUCAAUGAGUAUACCGAUCCGCCGGCCUCGAACCAGAGCACGGAGAAUAAGACUUUGGCGGAAGAGAUACAAGGUGGAAUAUCGGGGUUAUAUAACAAACUGAUUGCAACCGUUGGAAACACGAAGGAUAUUGAAGAACAAUACGAAGGACAUGCCACGAUCUCCCACGUUGAUGAUCGUGCCAGUUCUAAGUCCGGUUCGGCCCUCACUUCCAAGGCCCAGUCCCCGCGACUACAUCCUCACGAUACUCCUGCCGUGAACGAUGGCACCUUGCAUUCCUCAAGGCUGUCUUCCAAAGCCACAAGCGUGGGCAAAGUUUCGGUACCGUCAACGCCUGCGCUGAAGUCACCAACGGGACCACCUCACCCUUCAUCACUGCUGGCCGAUCCCUCUGUCACCUCUGUCAAUAUACAUGCACUUAGCUCCGCAACUCACUCUAGGACGGGCUCAGGGUUUGAACUAGAUUCCCACGCAGCACAAGAUAGGAGUUUGGCGUCCUCUGGUGACAGCGAGAGUUUGCGAAGAGCCCUGUCCAGACCAAGCAACGAAACUUCUCUCGCUGACCGAGGAGGACACCUCGUCACUUCCCCUCAGUCUACAGCCAGCCAGCAGCCAAGUUCCCGCGCGCUUGCGCCUUCUCAUGAACGCGGCUUAUCAUCCACUUCAGUGCAGAGCCAGUUCAGCCACAUCGAUACUUUGCCAGCUCAAGCGUUGGGUACCCUGCAAGACGAAAGGCCUCUGACGAGAGUGGUUUCUAAUAGACAAGACAUUCUGCCGUACCAGACGCAUCAUCAUAGCGUAUCGAACAUAUCGACCGUCACCUCUGUUUCCCAUGGCAAAGGCUCAGAAGCGUCCGGGCUGAAGUCUCCUCUCUUGAAAACGCUCGAUCAAAGGCCUCCUGUUAAGGCUGCUCCGAAGAUAAGCCAAUCAAAACUGCCAGGCUUUCGAGUUUCUCGGACGUCCUCAUCAGACUCGACCCUCGCCCCAUCAUCGAGCCGCACUGAUCGAGACUCGCCUGUCAACGACAGCACCAAGAAUGUAGGAGCACGUUCCUCCCUGGGGCAGCCGGUCAACAAGCUACGCAGCAAGCUCCUGAGCAAGGAGUUCUGGAUGAGAGACGAAAAUGCGAAGGAUUGUUUUCAUUGUGGAGAGCCAUUCACUACAUUCCGCCGGAAGCAUCACUGUCGCACGUGUGGCCAGAUCUUUGACAACAAAUGUACAGUGCUCAUCAACGGAGGCUACUUUGGCACCAAUGGUGCAGUCAGAGUCUGCAAGCCUUGUGAAUCCAUCAUCACCUCUCACGAUGAUGACUCUUCCGACUAUUCCGUUGAGGAAUCGGUCCAACCAGACUCUGCCAAUCGUCCGUACACCCCGGAGCCCUACUCCCACCGAAAUUCUUUCGCUCGGUUUGAAGAUGAUAAUGUAUCCAUCACAUCGCAGUCGUUGGAACAGAUGGCCAAGACUCCAACUAUGAGUUUCCCGGUCCGUCGAGCUUUCGAAGGUGCCGACAGGACUUCCGCGGUGCUGGAAUUCGAUACCACCGACCGCCCCCUGGCUCGACCCACUUCGUCAAGGUCGUUGAAGGCAAGCCAUUCCAUAGGCCACGGCCAUAAGCGGCAUCAUUCGCGACAUCAGCAUAUCCGGAAUUUCAAGGCUUAUCAUGAGGACCGAGCCCCGUUCCAACGCCGUGCUGCUGACGAGACUCUGAAGGAGGGCAAAGCUUCUGCUUUUCAUCACGACAGCAUCAUCGAUCCCGAUCUCGCGCAAUACCUGUCGGAUGACCCUUCUAGCGAAGACGAGCAAUCGCUCAACGAGGCCCUGAGCAGCCCGGACAAAUUGUCGAGGAGUGGGCACGACAGCGACAAAUCCACCCUGGGAGGCCUCUUGGCCGCUGUCCGGAAAGGCCGUUCUCGCAUUGGUGACCGCAGUAUCGCUGGGUUCCUGAAUUUAGGGCGUGACGCCGAUGACGCGAGUGUUACCAGCUCCCGCAAUAUUGACAUGGUCAGAAAUUCCCGGAGGCGCAAUCUGAGCGUAUCAAGCAGUAUUCAUCAACGUGGAACCCCUAGAGCAGCCAGAGAACGGUUGCACAUAAUCAUUCCCGGAGGCCAGGAUGAUGUGCAAAACGGCUCCCCAGAUGCUUCGAGCGGUCAUCGAGGUGGUUCACGAAUGAUUCGGAGUGCAUCAAUGCGUGGUGUAGCUGCUCCUCCUAUGGAACUCAAUCGUGCGAGCAUCCAACACGUUCACAAGCUUCUCCAACAGCUGCUGAAAGAUGCCAAUGUCCUGAAGGUGUCAAGCUGGGAAGAUGCCCUGAUCCCCAUCUUGCUCAAGGCUACCGACGAUGUCGACCCCGACGUCCAGGGUGGAGACGAUAUUGACAUACGCAACUACGUCAAAUUGAAGAAGAUACCAGGGGGUAAGCCAGGAGAUACAGCAUAUAUCUCGGGACUGAUCUUUACGAAAAAUGUCGCCUUGAAAAGCAUGGCCAGGUCUCAUUCGAGCCCGAAGAUCUUGAUCAUCACAUUCCCACUGGAGUACGCAAGGCAUGAACAACACUUUAUGAGUCUUGACCCUGUCAUCAGGCAGGAAAAAGAGUACCUGGCGAAUCUCGUCGGUCGUAUUGCUACCCUGAAACCAGAUGUGCUUUUGGCCCAGCGAAAUGUGUCGGGUCUUGCUCUGGAGCUCCUCGACAAAGCCAAGAUCACGACCAUUUUCAAUGUGAAGUCGUCGGUUCUGGAGGCGGUCUCACGUUGUACACAAGCUCGGAUCGCCCACUCGAUGGACAAAUUGACUUCGCAACCAGAUCCAUUGGGCCGUUGUGAAUCCUUUGAAGUGAAGACUUUUGUGGCUGACGGUCGGAAGAAGACAUACGUCUACCUCACAGGUUGUCCUCCGCAGCUCGGUUGCACAAUUGCGCUGAGGGGCUCAGAUCGUGAGACGCUGUCCAAGAUCAAACGUGUUACCGAGUUUAUGGUGUACGUGGUGUACAACCUCAAGCUUGAGACGUGUCUGAUGAGGGAUGAGUGGGCUCUGAUACCGAGCGCUCCUACGGAGAAAGCCUCAGACGCCAGCAAAACGCCGGCCAAUCCCAUGAUCAAGAACGUCUCAAAUGAUCCUGAAAGUGAAGCAGCUCCCAAGAACACGGAUGGAGUGGCUCCAAAAGUUGAGGAACAGGAGAGAGAUCUCUCCUCUGUCUCAAACGCCGAUGUGGCCUCUUCGGAAAAGGAGGGAGAAUCUGUUCCUACGGUCGAGACGGACGGUGCAGACACAGUGCCCAUUCCGGACGACAUUCCCGUGCCCACGUUUUAUGAAGACCUUGUGCUCAAGCACGAAACCCGGAUAUUGUCUGCAUCGCCUUUCGUCAAAUUCGCCCAGCCAUACCUCCUCAUGCGUGCGCGGGAGCUGGAGAGGCGCGUUGCCUACCUCAAAAGACUACGAGAUCAAGAUCUGUCUGCAGAACAGGCAAUGGACGACAAGGGAAAGAUUGCUAAGUUUACUCUGGUGCAGCCGGAAAUGGUCCACCGCCCACUUGCCGGCGCCAGUAAGAAGGUCCGCGAAAUCAUUCAUGCAGUUCACGAUGCCGAAUAUGACAAGGCUUUUCACAAUUAUGAGACCCAGAAGAAGCAGUGGGAAACUUAUCUCUCUGGGAAUCGCAACUUGUUCGAUCCUUAUGCACAUCAGAAUAUAGUCGUGCUCUUCAGUCUAGUGUCAACCGAAACAUCUGUCCCCUGCUCUGGUCCAGACCUACUUGCUUUCAGCUUCUACAACGAGCACGAGACUGAGGCCGAGUUUGAAGCAGAUUGCACACUUGGACAAUACGUUGAGGAUUUGUGUUAUCGAGCCAACGAGGUCUGCCAGUCGGAGGCUUGUGAAAAGAGAAUGUUUGAACAUCAUCGGCAGUAUGUGCACGGAGAGGCACAAAUCACCGUCUUCCUUCAGCCUUACCCGGCCAAAAUGCGUGGUUUCCAGGAUGUAAUUCUCAUGUGGAGUCAAUGCAAGAUCUGUGGUGUUGAAACCACUGUCACGCCGAUGUCCUCAAGCACCUGGAAAUAUUCAUUUGGGAAGUAUCUCGAGUUAUCGUUCUGGAGCGCGGACUUGCAUGCGCGUGCAGGCAUAUGCCCUCACGAUCUCCACAGGGAUCACCUGAGAUAUUUCGGCUACAAGGACUUCGCUCUUCGUGUGCACUACGAUCCCAUCGAUCUCCUUGAAAUCAUCGUUCCAAGAAUGCGGAUCACGUGGAAGGUGGACAACGACCUCAAGUUCCGCAAUGAGGUCUAUACUCGGUUGGAACACCGAAUCACCCGAUUCAUGGUGUCUGUCAAACUUCGCCUGAAGAAUAUCAACCUGGACGCCGUUCUCCCCGAAACAAUCGAUGCAUGCCGAGCCGAGAUCGACCGACUGACAAAGAAAGCCACCGAAGAACAUGCUAAUUUGAUCAAACAAAUUCAAGAGCGCUAUACCAAUUCUCGAUAUUGGGAGACAAUACCACUCAACGGCAUCCUCCGCGCAACCCAAGAAAAAGUGUCCGAGUGGGACAAUGCAUUCGCCGACUUCGAGAGAAAUUACUUUCCUUCCGAGAGAGAUAUCCGCAGGCUGGCCGCUUUGCAACUACGGAAGAUCUUUCUUGAACGAGAUGCCUCUGUCACAUCUUUGGUAUCGACUGAUGAGGGCACCACUACGCCGCCUUUGGAAGAGUUGGUGGACGAAAAGGAAUCUCCCCCAGCGUCUAUCCACGAGCUUGAGAGGGGCACAAAUCUUUCGCGUGAGCAGACGCAGACUGUUCUUCAAUCGGUUUUGGAGGAGCACUCGUCCGCACCGCCACCAGAACAAGGCCCGACAGCACUCUUUGAGAUUAAGAAGUCAGAUGUGCAGAAUUUGCCAUCUGUCCUAGACGGCCCUAGGAAUGUAGAGGAUGUCAAGCAUCUUGAUUUGGCAAUAGCAUUGCCAAGUCAGCGUCCAACACAUCCGGAGGAUGAAAAUCUUGUACAAUCCUCUGCAGCUUUGGAAAUUGAUGAUGCCAAAAGCGUCAGUGUUGCACGAGACGACCUCUCUCCCACUGCGACAGCGGAAGCCUCAGGGCAACCAGAAGAUUCUGCCUUAACCUCGGCCGCGCGCCCCAUUGACCUACCCCAGGUUGUGGCUCUCGAGCUCAGCUCCCCUCGCGCCACACGGCGUAGUCAUGAUGGUAGAACCACAUCGCCAGUUUUGGCACGCGCCCACUCUCAACCCGCGGGCUCGGCGGCGCUCCGACAGAUUGCGGCACAGACUCCUUCGAGCACGCUUUCGGCCGUGAAUGCAAUGAAGGGGUUUGCAGCAGUCCACAAUAAACAGAGCUCUUCCUUGUCCCCGGGCAAUACUGAUUCAAAUCUCCAACUACCCGAGAAGAAGCUGUCCGAACGACUAGGAAUCUCCCAAUUGAAGAAGAAUACCUUCUCCAAAGGCCACUCUCUGAUUCCUCGGGCAGUCAACAACCGCAAGGAUUCCCGGGUAUCAAAUCUAGCCAAACACUUCGAACAGCUCAGCCGCGAGUUUGAAAGGGAACGAAUCAGAGAGCGAAGACUCCGUGCUGCCAGAAAUAGACAAUCCCACGUUUACCCCUUGGCCGUUUCAAAGCCCAUUGUUGAGGUCUACAAGGAUGUCGACGAAGCCGUGGACGAAAGGGGUGAUUCAGACGACGUUUUCGGGCUCGAUCUUGACAUGACGGGAGACGCCGGCAAGACGCCGGACAUGGCUCAGGGAAUGGCCGAGAUGGAGGCUCGCCGAGAGGGAGACCAUGCUUCUCCGCUCGAAGAGAGACCGGCGGACACCACAGAGAACGAGGCCGACAUUCAAGGCUCAAGUCAUGCUGCUUCUGAGAAUGAGAACGAGGAUCGAAGCGACAAUGACGAAGCUUCGGAAGAUAUUCAGUUGCCAGACUCCCCUGAGGACCUCCUACGGUUGUCUCAAGGCGAUGUAGACCUGAAGGAGCUACCCAAACAUGAACGGACCUCGUUGAUGAAGAUGUUGACCAAUUUCUGGGCAGAACGUUCCUCAAGCGGCUGGACACCCCUGGAGUAUCCCUUGGGUGCAUCGGAGCAUAUCUUUGCAGACUGUGACAUUAUUGUGCGCGAAGAUGAGCCAAGUUCUAUCAUUGCAUUUGCCUUGGACUCGCAAGAUUACAAGACGAUGCUGCAUGACAUGCAGAACCGUCCUAUACGCGACAAUAUUGCUACAGAUCUUAAUGGACAUCGUCAUGCUGAUGACCUGCAGGCUGAUGUCAUGCAUUCUUUGCUGCGAAAGACGGGAACUCAUCUCAAAUAUCAGUUCCAAGAAGGUCCUGCCAAGAUGCUGUGCAAGAUCUUCUUCGCCGAACAAUUUGACGCGGUGCGGAGGAAAUGUGGCGUGGCUGACAGGAUUGUAGAAUCCCUGUCUAGAUGCCUGAAGUGGGAUUCGAAAGGGGGCAAGACGAAAUCCAUCUUCCUGAAGACUCUGGACGAUCGCUUUGUCCUGAAGUCCCUGUCACCGAUCGAGACGCAGUCCUUCCUCAAAUUCGCGCCCAACUACUUCCAAAUCAUGUCCGAGGCUUUCUUCCACGAACUACCGUCCGUGAUUGCCAAGAUGUUGGGCUUCUACCAGAUCAUCAUCAAGAACCCAGUCACUGGGCUCGAGUAUAAUUGGUUUCUGGUUCUCAUGGAAAACCUGUUCUACGACCGGAUUCCCACCCGCAUCUUCGAUCUGAAGGGCAGUAUGCGCAACCGCAAGAUCAAUGCAACCGGCGAAAGAAACGAAGUCCUGCUGGAUGAGAACAUGGUGGAAUUCAUCUACGAAUCACCUCUCUUCACCCGGGAACACAGCAAGAAGCUUCUUCGGUCGUCUGUGCAUAAUGAUACCUUAUUCUUGGCGCGUCAGAACGUCAUGGACUAUAGUCUGAUGCUUGCCAUCGACGAAACGCGCAAGGAACUGGUCGUCGGCAUCAUCGACUGUAUCCGUACCUACACGUGGGACAAGAAACUGGAGAGUUGGAUCAAAGACCGCGGGUUCGCUCGCGGUGGCAAGAACCGGCCAACGGUCACCAGCCCGAAGGAAUAUAAGCGGCGGUUCCGCGAGGCCAUGAACCGCUAUGUUCUCGAGGCGCCGAGUUGUUGGUACCAGUUCAAGCCGGUCAAUAAGCUGGAAAAGAGGACGCUGAAGAUCGAGGGAGACAAGGAUGGCGACAAGGGGGAGAAUGAGAUUCAGGUUCUGAGUUAG